AUGUCUGUGGUGGGCAUCGACCUGGGCUUUCAGAACUGCUACAUCGCGGUGGCGCGGAGAGGCGGCAUCGAGACCAUCGCCAAUGAGUACAGCGACCGCUGCACACCAGCUUGUAUAUCUUUGGGAUCCAAAGCCCGGACUAUUGGAAAUGCAGCAAAAAGCCAGAUUAUUACAAAUAUUAAGAAUACGUUACAUGGAUUUAAAAAGCUGCAUGGAAGAGCAUUUAAUGAUCCCUUUAUAAAGUCUGAGAAAGAAAAAGUGCCAUAUGAGCUUCAGAAAUUACCUAAUGGGAGUGUAGGAGUGAAGGUACGAUAUUUGGAUGAAGAGAGAUUAUUUGCUAUUGAACAAGUUACUGGUAUGCUAUUAGUUAAGCUUAAGGAGACAUCAGAAAAUGCACUUAAAAAGCCUGUAGCAGAUUGUGUCAUUUCCAUCCCAAGCUUUUUUACUGAUGCCGAGAGAAGGUCUGUUAUAGCAGCAGUGCAAGUGGCAGGUUUAAAUUGCUUGAGAUUAAUGAAUGAAACUACAGCAGUUGCUUUAGCCUAUGGAAUUUAUAAACAGGAUCUACCAGCCCCAGAGGAGAGACCAAGGAAUGUGGUUUUUGUAGACAUGGGACAUUCUGCCUACCAGAUUUCUGUUUGUGCUUUUAACAAAGGAAAAUUGAAGGUACUUGCUACUACAUUUGAUCCCUUUUUGGGCGGUAGAAACUUUGAUGAUGCUUUAGUAGAUCAUUUCUGCGAAGAGUUCAGGAUCAAAUAUAAACUUAACGUUAAGGACAAUGGUCGAGCAUUGCUACGAUUAUACCAGGAGUGUGAAAAACUGAAGAAGCUGAUGAGUGCAAAUACUUCUGAUCUUCCAGUAAACAUAGAAUGCUUUAUGAAUGACAUUGAUGUCUCUAGCAAAAUGAACAGGGCUCAGUUUGAACAACUGUGUGCAUCUCUUCUGGCCAGAGUAGAACCUCCUCUGAGAGCAGUGAUGGAACAAGCUAAACUACAGCGUGAAGAUAUUUACAGUGUAGAAAUAGUAGGUGGAGCAACUCGUAUUCCAGCUGUGAAAGAACAGAUUUGCAAAUUUUUAUGUAAAGAGAUAAGUACUACAUUAAAUGCAGAUGAAGCUGUUGCAAGGGGUUGUGCAUUACAGUGUGCAAUUCUGUCCCCAGCAUUUAAAGUCCGUGAAUUUUCCAUCACAGAUGUUGUUCCUUAUUCAAUUACUCUGAGGUGGCAAUCAUCUUAUGAGGAAGGAACAGGUGAAUGUGAAGUCUUCAGCAAAAAUCAUGCUUCUCCAUUCUCAAAAGUUAUUACUUUCCACAAAAAAGAGCCUUUUGAACUGGAAGCAUUUUAUACACAUCCUCAUGAUGUUCCUUAUCCCGAUACAAGAAUAGGCCAUUUUGUUAUUCAAAAUGUUGGUCCCCAAAAUGACGGUGAUAAUUCAAAAGUUAAAGUUAAAGUGCGAAUUAAUAUCCAUGGAAUCUUCAGUGUGGCUAAUGCAUCUGUUGUAGAGAAGCAAAAUUUGGACUGCGAGCCUAAUGAUAUUCCAAUGGACACAGAAUUGUCAUGUAACAAUCAAAGCACAGAAGAACUGGCUAAAAUGCAGAUUGAUCAAGAUGAUGGUAAUCAAAAGAGUCAAAUAGAACAAAGUCAAACAGAUGAAGAAACUGAUCAUAUAGGGACCGAAGGAAAGACUGCUUCAGGAGACAAGAUUGAUGCAAAUCAGUCAAGCAAAACAAAGACCAAGAGCAUUGAUCUACCUAUCCAUGUUAACUUAUAUAGACAGGUUGAACAGGAUCUUAUUAAUUGCUACAUUGAAAAUGAGGGGAAGAUGUUGAUGCAAGACAUUCUGGAGAAGGAGAAAAAUGAUGCCAAAAAUGCUGUUGAAGAAUAUGUGUAUGAUCUGAGAGAUAAGCUUUGUGGCGUCUAUGAAAAAUUCAUAACUGAAGAUGAUUCAAGAAAAAUAACAUUAAUGUUAGAAGAUACAGAAAACUGGCUUUAUGAAGAUGGAGAGGACCAACCAAAACAUGUAUAUGUGGAAAAACUUCAGGAAAUGAAAAAAUUUGGUGGCCCUAUUCAUGAUAGAUAUAAGGAAUAUGAAGAAAGACCAAAAGCUUUAUUUGAUUUAGAAAAUAAACUCCAGAUGCUUAUGAAAGCUCUAGAAGAAUACGAAAAUAAGGAUAAAAAAUAUGAUCACAUUGAUCCUGUUGAUAUGGAAAAAGUUGAAAAAUAUGCCAGUGAAACUAUGAACUGGUUGAGCUCAAAGAUGCAUACACAGCACAGACUGAAUUUGACACAGGAUCCUAUUAUUAAGGUGGCAGAAAUAAAAGCAAAAUCUAAGGAACUGGACAGCUUAUGUAAUCCAAUUAUUUACAAACCUAAGUCCAAAGCAGAACCACUGUCUAAAGAUCAAGGAAAAUCUAAUAGUGAACAAAACAGGCCAAUGAAUGGACAAAGCAGCUCCGACACUAAAUUAGAGGAUAGUUGUCAGCAGCCUAAAUCAUCUGAAGAAAUGGACAUGGACUAAGUUUUACAUUUCUUUGAGUUCAUUAAAAAUAGUGCAAGUAAUCAGAGGGUCCUUUUUUUUCUUAAUUCACACUACAUAUGUUCAGUUAUUUAGAAAACUUUGUCCUUUAUUCUUUUCAUUAGGUUUAAAGUGUUUUUCUAUUGAGCAUAUUCUCAUUGUUCAUUCCACUGAUUAAGCUUAUUGUGAAGCUUUAGUUGAAUGUAGAUUGUAAUCAGUUUAAGCUUUUAUGAUACAUUUUAUAUCAAAGAGGUGGAAUUGAUACAUAAAUGACAACAAUCUACCAUAUUUUAUUGUAAGCCACUGCUCCUUUAUUCAUGAAAGACCACAGUAUUGCACUUUCGAUGCUGAAGUGUAGAUUUUUGCAUCUUUAUUUUAGAAGAUAUUCAGUUUGAUGUGGCUUGAACAUUGCCACCAGAAGCACUGACCUUUUCCUAAUUGUUGUAUUGUUCUAAUUUAAAUAUUAAAAUAGAGGUUAGUUGGCAAGCUAGUUCCUCUUGUUGAUGUACCACAAUAACUUGUAAAAAUUUUGUUGAUCAAUAUCCAAAGCUUGAAAGGACCUUACACCAGCAGCAUUCUUUGUCUUCAAACUAGUAACAUGAUUCAAAAUAAAACUCUUGGUCACCGUG